GGCAGCCUCGGCAGCUGAAGCCGCGGCCGGAGCCGGGCAGGGGCUCCGGAGAGACAGGUACCGGCGCGGGCGGCGCAGCCCCAGGCGCCAGAGCUGCGCUCACCGCGGGAAGGACGGUCCCCGAGGGAGCCAGCGGCCGCGGCGUCCGAGCAGGCGGGGUUCGAGCCCGGCCCGGCACGGUCCGAAGUCCGCGCUAUGGGAGAAGAGAAAUACUUGCCCGAGCUGAUGGCAGAGAAGGAUAGCCUGGAUCCAUCUUUUGUGCACGCGUCGCGCCUUCUGGCGGAAGAACAGAGUACUACAGUUAAAAGGAGGAUCAUUAAGAGGCAGCAUGGAGAAAUUGAAAAAUUUCAAGGUUCAGAUGGAAAAAAAGAAGAUGAGGAAAAGAAAUAUCUCGAUGUCAUCAGCAACAAAAACAUAAAGCUUUCCGAAAGAGUAUUGAUUCCUGUUAAACAAUACCCAAAGUUCAAUUUUGUGGGAAAACUGCUUGGACCAAGAGGAAACUCCUUGAAGAGGCUACAGGAAGAAACAGGCGCUAAAAUGUCUAUCCUGGGCAAAGGAUCGAUGCGAGAUAAAGCAAAGGAAGAAGAGCUGAGGAAGAGCGGGGAGGCCAAAUAUGCCCAUCUGAGCGACGAGCUACAUGUACUAAUUGAAGUGUUUGCUCCUCCCGGGGAAGCUUAUUCACGGAUGAGUCAUGCCCUGGAAGAGAUUAAAAAAUUCCUGGUGCCUGACUACAAUGAUGAAAUCCGUCAAGAACAGCUCCGGGAGUUGUCUUACUUAAACGGCUCAGAAGAGUCUGGCCGUGGCCGGGGUAUUAGAGGCAGAGGGAUCAGAAUAGCUCCCACAGCCCCUUCCAGGGGCCGUGGGGGUGCUCUUCCCCCACCACCACCACCUGGACGAGGUGUUCUCACCCCUCGGGGUGCCACUGUGACCCGUGGAGCUCUCCCAGUGCCCCCAAUAGCCAGAGGUGUCCCUACACCUCGAGCCCGGGGGACGGCAGCAAUACCGGGAUACCGAGCACCCCCUCCUCCAGCUCACGAGGCUUAUGAAGACUAUGGGUAUGAUGAUGGAUAUGGAGGUGAAUAUGAUGACCAGACCUAUGAGGCUUAUGAUAACAGCUACAUGACCCCAACACAAAGUGUGCCUGAAUACUAUGACUAUGGUCAUGGAGUAAAUGAGGAUGCCUAUGACAGCUACGCACCGGAAGAAUGGGCCACAACUCGCUCCAGCCUGAAGGCACCACCACCAAGGUCAGCCAGAGGGGGAUACAGGGAACACCCCUAUGGUAGAUAUUGAAGGUCCGCUUCACCUGUGACCUCCUCAAAGACAAUUCAUAGCCUGUGGUGUCCACAUAAACAGCAACAAGACAAGUAAUAGUCCUUUUUUUGUUUGUUUGUUUUUUCUAUUCUAGGGAUAACAGCUUAUAAUUCCUUCCACCUAUUUCUUGUAUUCCCCACUAUACUGUUGAUGUGACAUUGACACUAGAAUUAUUUUAUAAAACACUGAAAACAAACAUUGGCAAGCAUAGUUUACAAACCAUUCAGUAGGUUGAUACUCUUGAUUGUUUUUUUUUAUUGUUGUGUGUAAACCCCCUUUCCCUUUUGUUUUUAGUUUCAUUUUCCUUUCUUUUGUAAGAAAGAGCAUGAAUCUGUUAGCAGAUUUUGAGUCUCUACCAACUAGCAGAACCUUUGUUUAGGGAUGUUAAAAAAAACUGUAAUAUGAUUUUGAACUAGUUGAUAAUAAAGCUGUAGAUAAGAUGUUUUAACCUGUCUUUUUAAUAUCUGUUAGUUAGAUGGAGAUGUUCAAUAUUAAGUUGUAAAUUUAAUUUUUAAAUGCUGUUUUAAUGGGGUUGAAAACAAGCAGCUACUGUAUGUAUGCAGCUAACUGAAUUUGUUCAGUGUUUUAACCUGUAUUUGUUUAAAAAAAAAAAGAAAGAAAAAACACACAUAAAGUUCCAUGUGUAAGCUUCUCUAAAUAGGAACCACAAUUUGUCAAAUAUGUUUGCCAUAAUUUGUCAAUAAAUCUGAAGGCUUUUGUAAAAACUAAAUUUGGAAUUACUUGUUUUCUAACUUUAAAUGCCUGCUUUAUUUCUUCUUCAAGAGAUGCCUAAAAUGUUUUCUAUUUAAAAAUUACAAAAAUGAACCCAAGCCUGUUUUAAGAUAUUUGUGUAAUACUUUAAAAUGUAUUAAUAACUUAUGGUUGUUAAAUAAUUUAAAAGUUAACAAACUAAACUGUUACAUGAAUCAUGGUUAGUGAACACUAAUGUAUAACAUGUUAAUGGAAGAAAUGGAUUUAGAAUAAUAAAUGGAUUUUAAACUAUCCUCUAAGCUUUAUCUUGCUAAACACAAAUUCUGAUUGACUUGUUUGCACUAGCAUGUCUCUCCUGAGAAAGAGUAAUGGAGUAUAAAGAGGUAAGAUUACCACUUACCACUGUCUAAAUGCCUAGUUCUUCAACCUUUGAGUUUCCCCUCACAUUAAAUAUCCCAUCCA